AUGAUUCAAUUUAAAGUAUCUGCACCAGGAAAAGUUAUUCUUUUUGGAGAACAUGCUGUAGUAUAUGGAAAAACAGCUGUUGCAGCUAGUAUAGAUUUACGUACAGUUCUAAAUUUUACAGAAUUACCUGAAGCAGAACAAGUUGUUAAAAUAUGUUUCUCUAAAGUAAAUUUAUUUAUUACUAUACCUCUGCAACAAAUACAAAAUUUCUUUUUUAUUAAUAAAAAUGUGGAAUUUAUAGAAAAUUAUGAGAUAUUUUAUAAUAAAAUAAAGGAAUUUGUCUGUAUUGUUAGUUAUGCAAAUUUUCAACAAAAAUUAAGUUUAGAAGCAUUCUUCUAUACUCUUAUUUAUAUUGCACAAAAAGAGGAAAUGGAAAUAAAACCAUUUCAAAUUCAAUUAAAUACAGAAUUGGCAAUUAAUUCUGGACUUGGUAGUUCUGCUUCUUUUGCAGUUUGUCUUGCUGCAUGUUUUGUACAUUGGUCAUAUUUACAAAAAAAUAUUUACAAAGUAUUUGAUUUUUCUACUUUAGAUAUUAUUUCAAAAUAUGCUUUAAAUUGUGAAAGAAUUAUGCAUGGUAAUCCAUCUGGAAUAGAUAAUUGCAUCUGUACAUAUGGAUCAAUAAUAGAAUUUAAAAAGGGUAAUUAUAUACAACCAAUAAAUAAUAUACAGGCAAUGAAAAUUUUAUUAGUAGAUACAAGAGUAAAUAGAAGUACUAAAGCUUUACUUGAAAAAAUAUUAGAAUUAAAACAUACAUAUCCAGUUAUUAUUGAUUUGAUUAUGGAUUCAAUAGAUAAUAUAUCAAAAGAAGCAGUUAAAAUUAUUCAAAAAUUGAAAACUUUCUCAAAUACCAAUGAGUUCUUUUUGGAAGGAUACAAACAAUUAAUGAUACUUAUUAACAUGAAUCAAGGAUUGUUAGCCACAUGUCAAAUUUCUCAUCCAUCUUUGGAUAGAAUUUGUGCAGAAGCACAAAAUUAUGGUUUAGCAGCAAAGCUUACAGGUGCCGGUGGUGGUGGACAUGCAUAUAUUCUCUUAUUACCAGAUACACAACCAGAAACUAUUUCAAGUAUUUCGCGAAAAUUAAUUGCAGACGGAUUUACUGUUAAAUUAACAACUUUGGGGUGCUCUGGUGUACAAAUUAAUUAAUGACAUUAUUAUAAAUAUUAUAUACAUUGAAUAUUAGAAAUAUUGAUAUUUAUGUAUAUAAUCGUAACUAGGAUGGAAUUUAUUCAAUAUUUUAAAUUUAUUGCCGCCACUGCUCUUUUUUUUCUAUCCACCUAAAUUAUUUGAGUUCUUGUUUUUUCUAUUUGACAAUUUUAAUAAUAACAACAGAUUUAUAAUGAAAUCAAAUUAAAAAGUUUUUAUAAAACUACUUAACGAAUAUAGAAAAUUAGACACAAAAAACAAAUAUAAAUUUGAAACAGAUAUUUUGAAAAAAAAUUGAUUGAAGAUUUGAUUUGUUGAAGAUCUAAGAUUACUCAAGUCUAAAAUUUUUGUAAUCUUUCUAAAUAGCUCUCCUAGUUAUGUCUUUAUGCAUAUAUAAAUUUAUAAACAUUAAUAUAUAAUAUAUUGUGAUUUUAUUUUAACUUUAAAUAUUUUU